GAUUUCUCUAUUUCACCGUUUUUGAAUCAGUUUAUUCGUUUUCACAUGUUAAUUUCGAGUGAUCUGAUUCAAUUUUCAAUACGUUCGUAUAUACGAGAACCAGCGGCAUGGCGAUAAAAUUGUGAGAGAAAAAUAGUAUAGAAAUAGAAUCAAUCAUCAAUGUGUGCCUAAUUAAUUAAUUUUUUUUAUUAUAUUAGUUACCCGUAGGCCGUAGGAAUCGCCAUUAGUGCCAGCUGCAUGCUCGGAUUUCUAUUGUUGAUGUGAACUUUCUUAGCUUCUGCAGCUCGAUGCUGUGAAAUUUAGACAGAGUGAGAAUUGUUUAUGCGCUGAGCAUCGUAAUGUCGCUUGAGCGUUGGAUGUCUGUAUUGAGGUUUUUGUGAAUAUACGAUUUCCAUUAGUGCGAAAUACUUUUUUUUCCUACCUUGGACAGCUCGAGUAUUCGUGUUGCUGAUAGACCUCAAGGCCAUGAAGGAGCUUGUUGAAUAAUAGCAGUCUUAAUGGAAUUAGGACUUUUUGUACUAACCAAGAUUUGGCUAGUAAGAAGUGUGUGCCAUGCAGCUCCAAAGAUUUGAGGCCUAUGACUGAGGAGACAGCCAACAUUUUGAUCAAAAGGGUUCCUGGAUGGAAUCUAGUGAAGGAAAAUGAUUCAUGGAAACUGCAUCAGUCCUGGAAAGUUAAGACUUUCGCCAAAGGAAUGGAAUUUCUUAGGCUCGUGGCUGAUGUUGCAGAAGGUGAAGGCCAUCACCCAGAUCUUCACCUUGUCGGAUGGAACAACAUAAAGAUUGAUAUUUGGACCCAUGCAGUGGGUGGACUGACUGAGAAUGAUUUCAUACUUGCUGCAAAGAUCAAUGGACUUAAUCUUCACAACCUUCUAAGGAUAACACCUACAGACAAGUAACAGCCCGACAUUGAUAGAUGUGUUCUUCCUGUUCCAUCUUUGUAAUCACACAUAAUAUUUUGUGAUAGAUUGCAUUUGGUUUUUUUUUUCUUACUUUUUUAUAUUUAUAUGUUUUUUAUAGUAUUGGUUUUUUUGUUCCUACACCCGGUCAAAAGUAUGUUUUUGAACGAAUGAACAUGGUUUUACUUUUAAUCCAAUCUGCUGUGUAUUGCAGGUCGCAA